AUGGCUCCCAAGCUGAACAUCGACGAUCAACAGGCAGCUGCCAUAUUAGCCAAUAUCUGGCACAUCCAGAAUGACGCAGACAAACGCCUUUGGACUGCCAAAGCCGAAGCCAAACACAGAGAAGCCGCAGAAGAGGAAGCACAACACCAACAAGCGCUGAAAGCAGAACAAGAAGCUGCCAUUCAAGAAGAACGCAAGAAGAACAAAGCCAAGUAUGCCCCAAUCAAGGAUAUGAAGUCAGGCGAGUACUGCAAACUCUUUUAUUUCACAAACAGCGGCCUGGAAGAAGCAUCAUGCUCUACUCUCACAGCUGAUGACGACGCUCUCAUCAUGAUGCAUGCCUCCGAUGGUCUGCAUAAAUGGGUACCCGCUGGCACCAUCAGAGACCCUAAAGCCCAAGUCAUCAAGGAUGAAAAUAUAACAUGGGAACAAUUCAAUGAAUCUACUAAUGACUGGCCGGACGACAGGAUUAACAUGCACAUUUCCUUUUGGUCCGCAUUGCAGAACCACAGAUGGUGUCACAAUUUUGACGCGCACAAACAGCGUGCUUUGUUGCUUUACCAAGCACAGCAACGUGCGUUUCAUCCUUGUAAUCUUUCAACUUAG